CGUAUAAGCGUGAGUGAGUCGUCGCGUGUGUGUGUGACAUUUGAGAACUCAUUUUUUGCUCUUUCCUGGAACCCACAUGUUCUACAUUUUUCUGAUUUUAAGCAACCAAAUUAGAACGAGAAGUAGAAGGUUAAUUCAUAUUCUAUUUCCCUUACUACUUUCGAACGUUUUGAAUCGCUUGGGGACACGGAUCUGAUCAAUAAUCAGCUGCAGCCAAAAUUUGUUGCUUGGGCAGUGGACAAAGCAAACCCGAAACCGUUCAAAGCGAAGAAAAGACACUCUGGCUCUGUUGUUGCAAGUGAAAGAUACCCUGUAAACAGCGCAACAUUUUGACAGCUGUUUAUUUCAAAUCAAACAAUCACACGGAGCACCGCGUUAAGUAUUUUAGGAAAUCCAGCCGAUACGGCAUAGUGAAAUAAUUAUCAGCUCUACUCAACAUUCUAUUCAACUAAGUCGUUCCUUAGGAUGAACCUUGAAACACGUAAAACUGAUUCGCCUACUUUCACAUGCCUUAUCGAAAGGCUACCACCAGAGGUAGGCAGCUGGUGCCAGUGUUUAAGCCAAUUCAUCAAACCCAUUCUUCUCGUGUAAUGGUGAUUUCACCACUUCACUUCUAUUCGUAGAUUAUGUACAAUAUCUUCGACUAUCUGGACCAUGAAUCACGAAAAUCGGCAUCCCUCGCAUGUCGUCGUUGGGAGCAAAUCUACUCAAACUAUUGCACCAAACGAUUCGCGCUGUGCAAUUACGAGACCUUGCGUUUUGGUCUGCACUUCUUUACAAGUCGUGUAUGUAAAGACGCGGCCAGUAUGUUGAAGCACACUCAACGGCCGUAUCACAAAGUGCAUCUUCAUUUGUUUUUCGGUGCUAAUGCCUUGACGCCCGUAGACGAUGAAGUUGCCACAGUAAUUAGUGAGUUGUUCAAGCCGCGCUGGUUGCAGCAGUUGGUCGUACUGAAGCUCGGAAUGCGUGUGUAUCCGGAGAAAUUUACCGUAGAGCUAUCGGAUGCGGUGGCAAAGAUGGACCAUCUGCAAGAGCUGGACCUUAGCUUGAUGAGAUGCACCAAAGACUGGCCACUGUUCAGCCAGUUGAAAGUGAAGAACGCCACACUGGAUAAGUUGAAGGUCCAUGGCGUUUGGCCCGGUGUAAUUGAUUGUCCUAAUCUGCGGUCGCUGGAGUUGGAGUUUCCGUUGCAUAACAAAUACAAGCAAUAUUUACUGCAUCAAGGAGAAGAACCUUGUUGGAGUAUGAAGCAGCUACAAGAGCUCUGCAUUCGUGGUGGUCUCUCGUUCCGUGAACAAGAGGUUGUAGACCUGUCUACGGGCAUGGAACAGUUUUGUAAGCUGAUGCCUCAAUUUAAAAGGUUAUACUUUGAUGACUUUAUUGUAUCGGAGAGGCUGCUGCGCAUUAUCUGCGAGUCGUUUGUCCACCUGGAAAGCCUGAUGCUUCACAUCUUGAAAAUGGACGACCCGAACGCGUUGCGCCAUCUAGAGAAACUGCCCAAUCUGCGUGACUUUGGUAUUUGGGACAUCGCUGGGAGCCACGCAAUGUCGUUUGCUUCCGUCUGUUUGCCCAAGCUUGAAAAGCUGUUACUAGGCUGGUUGAAGUACGACUACGAGAGGAUGCCUAAACUUCAUCCGAUGGGAAAGACUAGCUUCAGAUGGAAUUUGAUUAGGUCAUCACCAGUGUUUGACGAUAUUGAUAAAAGUUUGAAGCAUUUGCGGUUCUUAUGGGUUGAUUUACAUCUUAUUAAUGAUCAUCUCUUGACUAAAUUCUCCCAGAUCUCAACGCUGGAAACGCUUGUCCUAGAGAACGUUGACCAGAAGGAAAGUGUACUGGCUGUGCCAUUCUUGAAGCAGCUGAAGCGAUUAGUAUUGUAUUGUUGUGAAGAUUUCGAUCCCUCUACGAUCAAGGGAGAUUUUGCAAAACGAGUGCCAAACGUAAAAUCAAUUAAAGUUAUUUUCAAAACUCCGUCGUAUGGCAAGCUGUGUAUGGAUUACAGUAAUGAAGCAGUACAAGAGGUCAAUUAUUUUCCAUCGCCCAUGAUAGAGUAAAGUUCAAAGCAAGUGCCUUUUUAUUUAAAUUGUGCAUGUGAUAAACUACCACUUGGUAAUGCGAAAUGAAGAAUUUUAGAACUAAGAAUGAAAGAAUUAAAAAAAGAAAAUACAGAAAAAUUAGUUUAUACUGUUUUCGAUGAUUCAUUCGUAUUUACGGAAACAGCGUGUAUCACAUCUGUGGGGUCAACUCUCUUUUGUAACAUUGUUCAUCUAAGCUCCAUUGAACAUCCCAGGUGUAGUGGCUAGUUGAUUGAUAUGUUGUACUCAGUGUUUGUUCCGACUUUUCGAUCUGUUCAAAUAGAUAUAGUUUGUACCGAUCUGAAUCGUUCAAUCCACACCUAUGCGUAUAUCUAAGCUGCGAGUAUUUCGAUACUGUAUUGUCCGGUAUGCGCCGUUACUGCGUUCGUUCUUCUGUUCGCAGUCUGCGUCGGACGAGCUUGAUCUCGUGUUGUACUGUGGAGUCUUUGCUUGGUGCAAUAACAGAACGAUGCAGGUUUGUUUAGAAAAUCGUAUCUACUUGCAGGAUAUUUACGGCGCAACCCAUUCCCGCUGGCAUUCGUGGCACGUAACAAAGAUGCAGAAGAAAAAAAAUCGCCACGCAUGACAACCGUCCGUUGAUGACAUUCGUUCGGUAAAAGCAAACUCCAAGUGCUAUACUUUUGCUUUUUUCCACACAGUUUUAAACAUUUUACUACAAUCAAAGAUAAUAUUUUAACAGAAUUUUAUGCGUACUCGAUCGGUAUGUUGUUUUUAGAAGAAAAAAAACACAUAUUUUUUCCGCUUUAAACCGAUACAGUAUGUAUGUAUUUUUCUCCUGUUUGUGGCAGGAAAAUUAGCUUCCUAACCGCUCCUACUAACUCACUGGCAAUCGGCGAGAGCAUGCAGGCUAGCGCAGUCUAGGUGAUCAUGGUCGGCUUGGCAACGGUACCAUGCUCUUGCCUCACUAUGGGGCAAAGCGAUGGGAAGCGGAGAAUUGAUAUAAAAUAAUAAAAAAUAAAGAAAAUCCAAAAUUCAAUUACUAACUUUUUAAUGCCACUGUGUGGAAGCACAUGAAACAUAAUCAAAUAGGUAAUCUUUACGAUUGAGUAUGCUUACUAUAAAGUGGAAAUGCUUUGCGUAGAGCAAUGAAGCAGAUACUUAAAGAUGAAUGAAGAAUGUCUGUUAUCCCGAUACUCUAUAAAAUUUAAUUUAUAGGAUAAUUUGCCGAUUAUUGCUCACUUAAGGGAACAGCCAAGGUAUUUCAUAUGUUUGAGAUGGAUAAAACAAGAAUAGUUGUGUUAUCUGUGUGUUUAGUAUACAUCAUUAUUGUUUAAAAAAAGUUUGUAUGUUCUAUUUUUGGGAUAGAAAUGAUAAAAAAUGUCAAAAAAAAACUACUGAUUUUUAACUCUAGUUAAAAUUCCAUUGUUGCACGCGUACAAAAACUCCAAAUUCUAUUAUUGCACACUUUAUAUCCAAUUACAUUACAUGUAGUGCAAUACGAAGCUCUCACUAAUUAUUCCAAUAUCCAGUCUAUUCCCGAGUUACGCGGUUCUCGACUAACGCGGAUUCGGAGAUACGCCCGGGUUUUCUAAAUUUUAGAGAUCCUACCAGUACGAUUUGCUUCAAGUUCUGUAUAAAUUGCAUUUAUACCUAUAAAUUGAAACCGCCCAAAACUCAGAAAUGUCAGAAGCAGAAAUAGAAGAAAUCAGAAAUAGCAUAAAAUAGUAAAAAAGGAGCCCUGAAAUAGAUAUUUUUUGUAUCGAAAAGUGUUUAGGAUAGUACGAAACGCUGUUACAUUACAAGUUUGUCCUUGGUUAAAGCCGGAAUUCCACUACAUAGUAAGUGGUGGAAUUCCACACAUUUGGCGAAUAUUUGGAUAAAGAACAAUUUAUACGGGUUGUGUAACAAUUGGCCAAUUUUCUCAUUUCUUUUGUUAGGAAAGAAAACUAAACCGGAAUCUUAUUAGUUGGGGAACGUAUCGACCUUUUCCAAUUGGAGAAAAAAGAAGGCUAACCACAUACUGAGUUUUUCUGCGCUGGUUUUCAAAUAAAUUUUAAAUAAGAAAAAAUAGAGUGGUAACAAAUUAAUCAAUUAUCAAUUUACCUAUUUGAUUUUGUUUGACAUAUAUUUUGCAUUAAAAAAAAGUUGUAGCAGAAAACUUAUGCUUUAUCCACCUUCGAUGCUAUGCUUUAUCCGAGGUCCCUCCUACACGUGGAAUUCCUUAACAUUUUUGAAAAUGCAUUUUAUGCUAUUAAAUAAAAUUUAAAUAUAAUUGAAGAAUUAGCAUGAAACUACUAAAAAUCGCCUCUCUCUCUCCCUCUUUCUUUCUCUCCCAAAAAUACAGAUGCAAUUUCUCUCUCACUCUCUUGUUUUCUCUCUCUCUCCCUCUCUCUUUUUGUGCGAUCAAAGAGAAAAGCAUUCUGCCCCACCGAAACCACAAAACCUCACUCACUGACCCCGGGAACACCGCGAGCAUCAUCGCGCGAACUCCAACCGAACCACGAUCGGGCUCUCGCCGCUCAGUAUUUCCCAGCCAGCGGUGCAGCAAGCAUACGUUCCGCCGUCGGUGGUGAACGCUGAAACGUGCGUCUCGUUUGCGUGUCUUUUGUGGACAAGGAAGUGCGUGCUGGUAGAGGAUGGUGGCCAGUUUUGUUGUCGGUUGAACAUUCUAGUUGUAUUUUUUGGUUUUUUUGGAAGUGUCUGUGUUGUGAAUUAAUAAUAAAAGUCAUUUAAAAUAGGAAGCGAAAGAGGUGUGAGUGAGUGAGUGCGUGAAAUUGCGAAUGGAAGUGUGAAAAUAGUAAUAGCGUGUGUAUUUGUGGG